AGGUAAACUGGGCCUGUGUUGAACCGCUGCCCGUGCUGCCUUCCAAUGCGCUCCGUAAAUUCUAAAACUCCUUGAUCAUUGAACAAUUAAAGAAAUAAUAUCGACUGAAAAUCAAAAUAUAAUGCUGUUAACUUACUAUUAAAAAAACAAUAAUACAGACGCACUCACAUUAGUGCUUCUGUAUAUAUUUGAUUAAAUGCGUGUUUGAGUUAUUUAAGCAGUAGCCCGAAAACACCCGUUUUUACUCCAGCAAGCGAAGGCAGCACCGGACUGUCCCGGGGGAGUCGUGCAUGUCAAUAAUGAAUACGAGCUAAGCGGAGCGGUAAUGAGCCCGUAACUGACGGAGGAGACACGGACAGAUUUUAAAAUCCAUCACCAAGUAUCUCUCUAGUCCAACAUUUGUUUCCUGUUGUUGUGACUUUCGAGUCUUAACCGGUUUGUAGACAGCUAUGGGUGGGCUGGGAAACGGACGUCGUGGAGGAAGAUCACCCCCUCUAAUGAUUGGCGCUCUAAUCGCCUGUAUCCUGGUUCUGGGCUUUAACUACUGGGUGUCCAGCUCCCGCAACCUUGAACUACAGACUAAGCUCUACGAAUUAGAAGGCCAGGUGCGACGGGGAGCAGCGGAGCGAGGAAUUGCAGAGAUGAAGAAGAAUGAGUUCCAGGAAGAAAUCCAGAGACAGAAGGAGCAGAUAAGCCACAUAGAAAGCCUCUACAAGAGACAGCUGGAAGGAGCCCAGAACACCUGCAGCCAAGAGAAGGGCACGCUGCAGCAGAACAUUUCCUCCAGUACCAAGACCAUACAGGAACUCAAAGGUCAGCUGAAUCAGCUAAAUGAUGACCUGGGGAAGCUACAGAAGGAGCUUCAGAGUUGCCAAGGCAACAUCAAAACCCUGAACAACAAACUCAUGUAUGACAUGACCCAUUGCCAGUCCCAGGUCCUGUCCCAGAAGGAGUUGUGUGAUGAGAGAGUGGCUGCUGCUAAACUUGAAGUUCAGAAGAAAAGGGAGAAGCUCACCCCUCCUCCAGGUGUCUCCUCACAGCAGGACAAUACGGUGGAUGGAGCAGUGAAAGAGGAUGGAGCAGUCGUGACUGUGGCUGAUGCGGUUAAGACAGCUACUGUUGUAAGUCACACACCAAGCGCCUCUCAGCCCAAAGAAAAUGAACCACCUGAACUACUGACCAAUGAGAUCAUCGUGGAUAAAGCUUCCGUUGCCCAAGUAGACCAGCUCCCAGCAAAGGAUCUCUCCAAAGUAGACUCCCAAUCUGUUCCCUCAGCUGCUAGCGUGAAGCAGGACGUUUUGCCACCACCAGUGGGCGAUGUCGCAACAGAGGAGAGUGAGGCGGAGACCAGCAAGCUUUUAACGGAUAAUCUGACUGAGGAUAAAAACGUGGGGUUGAUGGAUGCUCAGACAGAAGAGGCAGACCCUGGGAUGGAAGGCAUGCUGGUUAGCCGGGUGAAGGCAGAUGAGACUACUACUGAUCAGAAACCCGAGGGUCUGGAGGAAUAUGAUGCAGACGAGCGGGUAGUGGAUGAUGUCAAACAACAGCAGAGUAAACAGACUGAAAAUAUGGACCUGGAGGAGGAGCUGGCUGACUAUAAUGGAGAUGAUGAAAAUGAAGGCGAGUUUGAAGCAGACAAACAAGCUGAGCUUGCUCGAGUCUAAGGGCUGGAGUUGGCGAAGUGAUUCGCACACCACAUUAAGAAGCCGGACCCGUUAUACACCUCAGCACAGCAGGUUAAUGGAGCCUCCCAAACACACAAAACAAAACAAAAUAAAAUGGACAUUCCUAUGCGGACUCAUAACAUUAGGUUGGGCGGUUAACUUCAAAAGCAUUUGCUUUGUGGAUUGUCUAUUUGUCAUCUUAAUUGCAUUCUGUACAUUUGAUAUUAUCACAUGUAGUCAGAUGUUUUAUCAGCUGGGAACAUUUUCUGUAUUAGAGUAUUAGAAUAGUUAUUAGUAUAGUAUUAGAAUAUUCUGAACAAGCCUCAAAUAUGCAAAUAUCAGCUACGUGAGGACACUGUUAUUGAAUCACAUGCAUUUCACUGUGUACAUGAGGCCCCGAGGAGCACUCAUUUUUCCUUUUCAUAUGUUUUGAUGACACGAAAGUACUCGGUACUUGUAUGUACUUUAAUAUCACCUGCUUAGUUCUGCGUACUCUUCAUCUCGACAUGCCAACACUUGACACGAGCUGGCUUGAAAAACAUCUCGACAUGCCUGGAAAUCAGUAGAUUUUGAUUAUGUGAUUAGAUGGGUUGUUUAAGUUCACACUGUAAUGACUGUGACUUGAAUGCAAUAGAAGUGAUGAUAAUGUGCAGACCCUUAUAGGGUUACAACAGAACUCAUCUAUCGGAGGGGGUCUGCAGCAGAGGCUUCUUCUUCUUCUCUCUCGCACAUUUAACAGCAUUUUAAAUGCCUUAAGUUGUUCCUGUACAGAGUCUUUCAUAGAAAGAGUGCUGACGUUGGGUCAACAGUCACUUUGCUCUACAAGUGAAUGAAAAUGAGGCUUUCCAUAACUGCAGUCAAUGAUUCCUGUCAGACUGCUGAGUCAUUUUGAUGCUAAAGUCAAAACAGCCCCAUGUAGCCAAAUUUGCUAUAAACAGUAACGUUGGCUUCGUGGACAUGCCACAUGAUAAACAGGCAAAUUUAACUUUGUCAGGUUUUAUUGUAAGUGAUAUACAUUUUUUUGAUCAAUGAGCAAUCCUUUUUUUUUUUUUUUUUUUUUUAACAACAUGUGCUGGGCUCAACAUUUUGGAUCAAUAAGAAAAAAUAUUUCUAGAUUAUAAUGAAAGAUAUAGUUUAGAACAGGGGUCUUCAACCAGGGGUCCACGAACCCUAAGGGGUCCGCAGAAAGACUGCAUGGGGUCUGCCAACUUUUUGUCAUAAUAAUGGUGACUGUGAGGGUGCGGACAACUGAGAAACCACAAACAGCGGAAGCAUUUGCCUAUGUCCAAAGAUGCACAGCUCUUGGAAUUUAAUACCCAAUAAUAAUUAUGCAUGAACUUUAUCAUCAUAAAAACAUAUAGGCUAAUAACCUAGUACAUAAAUAGAUUAAUAAGGUGAAGUUGAACAGAGUAAAUAUAAAAGUUAUUACAGGCCAAGCUUAAAAUGUGAAACUUUUCUAAAAAAUGAAUUACAUGUGGGGGUCCCUGUUCUGUUUGUCUCUCGUCCAAGGGGUCCUUGGGCUGAAAAAGGUUGAAGACUCCUGGUUUAGAACACCUGGAUAAUAUUUGCAGAUCAAUAACCUCUUUUCGUUUCAACGCAUGCCUUAUCGAUUCUGUGUACACCAGAGUCCCCUUGUGGCCAGUAGAUGCUUCAUAGGGUGUAGCGCUUUGGUACAUGUUUACUGGACCUGCUCCGAGUUUUUGUGAAAUCACUUUGUGGAUACUGCCUCUGGUCUGAUGGAUUGUAAUAUUUUGUGGAGAUAUUUGAGAAUUUUUCUGUAACAUUAUGAAGGACAUGUCAUUGAAGUAGGGACGGUGUGUUCUGCUUUAGGGCUCCUGCAAAUCCAGUAGAUGUGAAAAAUUCAGUAGCUGUGCUAAAAUGUAUCAAGUCAAACUGCACUAGACUGGAAAUUGUGUGGGUGAGUGCAAACAUGAAUAUAAGACAUCAGAAAUAACAAAAAGCUUUGAAGAAGAUGCAGAAUACAAACAGAAUAUAUGUAAAUCAUCAUAUGCCAUACUUUUAUCUUGUCACUCUUUCAUAUGUUUCCUUCAGCUGUUGUUUAACGUCUUGGUAACAUGGAAAACUUUUGUUUUCACAAACAAAACAAAAAAGUUUUGUGGUUUUACAAAAUGCUUGUUAACGUAUGUGUCAUUGGAUCGGACGAAUAGUGUUCAAGAUGUUGAGAACAAUAUUUCAGUGUAAUGUCUUUCAUCAGGUGAUCACUUUUUAAUUUGUGUUCCUCAAAGAAAAACAGGAACACAAAUUAAACCUUUUCAAGUGAGUUAAUAAUAUCCACUCAAAUAUAUAAGGCCAUUUCUCAUCCUGAGCAGUAUCUGUUUUGUUAACUUAUUUUUUUAUAUCUGUAAUUAUUCUGCUUCUUUUUGUUUUCUUUUCUUUUUUAAAUCUGGGCCUGGUCAUCGUGUUUUACAGUAACCGUACAAUUUAAAUGCUGAAGACCGAUUUAAUUGUCGAUCCUGCAGGGGAAAUAUUGUUUCUGAGAUUUUAAAAUUUUUUAUUGUCAUUUUAUUUUCAAACUUGUUAUUUGUUGUCAGUUUUGUCAUCGGAGAGUGCAAACACUGGACAGCCAGUGCUUUGCUGUGUCAGAAAUCUUUGUCUGCCUGUUUGUGUAAAAAGUCGAAUUUUCUGAAGUAGAAGUCUGUUUAUCUGGAGAGAAAAUGAUUUUUAUAAUUUGGAAUAUUUUUUUUUGUUUUCAUGCGUUUUAAAUUUGUAUUUUAUUUUGAACUGCUGAACAAAUUUGUGAAAGGUUAAAUAAUCAUAGAUUUUAUUGAUGAUAGAUAAUAAAAAUUGUUUUUAUUACCACUAUCAAGA